AUGUCUAAUCGACGAGUAAAGUCGUUGGACUACGACGAUGAUGACUUGGAUUAUGAUUACGACGAGCCCAAUGAGGAUCAGGAAGAAUUGAGCAAUGAAGACAAGGAGCAAUUACGGCUGGGUACGAUCGAAGUUCGCAGAGUCUUAGGGUCCGUAUAUCAACCUUUAAGUACGACUGAAAUCGAGGAUGCUCUCUGGAACUACUACUACGACGUUGACAAGACUGUUGCACAUCUGAAAGGCAAACACCAAACCAAACAAGCUGCCAAACCUUCACCCUCACAAUUCCGCUCUGAUCUGGAGCAUCGGUCAGACAUUUCUCUUUUUUCAGCUCGAGAUAUCUUUGCAGAUUGUCCUUGGGGUCAAAUCCCAGAACACAGGAGGGCAGACAUUUUGAUAGAGCCAUUGCAUUAUCCUCGUGGAUUACUUGGUGGUUCCUCCAAAGAAGGCAAGAUGUCAAAGCUCGCUGCCCUGGCGGCAAAGCGGCGGCAAAAAGAGGCAGCAAGCACUCCACAACCUGACAAUGUUGCCAGCGAGCCACAAGAUGACUAUGCAGCAAGUCUAAGCCGGUUGACCUUGGCCAAUACCACAGCCAAGGCACGUAGAGCAAAGGAGGUAGAAGCAGACCCGGGCCUGAAGGAGAACAGUGAUGGCACCACCAACGUUGAAGCAAGCAACAAAAAUGAAGAGCCAGUUGGAAAAGUCGAAGACGAACCCGUUGUGGCGAGGACUCAACCGUCAGCAUUUGCCGGCACUUUUCUCUUCAACGCAGACGUCAGUGUAGGCCGGACACUUGAUCCACGGGCGCUCAAAGAAGAGACACAAACUUUUGACUUCAAAGACCCGAGCCCAGACGAUGUCAAUACGUCGCAAGCAAAGCAACAGCAACCAAAAACACAACCGAAAGCCAACGUCACCAAUGGUAUCAGUGGCCUGUCUAUAUCCGAAGUACCUAAAAUUAAGAGCAAGAACAUUGAUGUCCUCUCGGAAUACAACAAGGUCAAGCACAAAAAUGCUGCAAACUUUGUCGUGAUAGGUCAUGUCGACGCUGGAAAAUCAACGUUAAUGGGACGUUUGUUGUUCGACCUCAAUGCCGUCGAUCAGCGGACAAUGGAAAAAUACAAGAAGGAGGCAGAAAAUAUAGGUAAAGGCUCCUUCGCCUUCGCAUGGGUCCUCGACCAGGGCACUGAAGAACGCGAACGUGGUGUCACGAUCGACAUCGCGACCAACAAAUUUGACACCGAGAAGACAUCCUUUACUAUCCUGGAUGCACCUGGCCAUCAAGAUUUCGUACCUAAUAUGAUCGCUGGAGCCUCACAAGCCGACUUCGCCGUCCUAGUCAUCGACGCCUCACCGGGUAACUUCGAAUCCGGUCUUCGAGGCCAGACACGCGAACAUGCCGUUCUAGCCAAAGCAAUUGGAGUGCAACGACUCAUUGUCGCAGUCAACAAACUCGACACAGUACAAUGGUCACAACAACGGUUCGAAGAAAUCAAAUCACAGAUGACAACAUUCCUCAAAGCUACUCGAUUCAAUCUCGAAUCCACCGCAUUCAUCCCGUGCUCAGGUCUUGAAGGCCAAAACAUCCUGAAGCCCGUCACCAUUGACACAGCAUCAUGGUACAAGGGCGAAACCCUAGUCCAAGCCCUCGAUGCCUACGAACCAAUAACCCACAGCCUCGACCGACCUCUCCGCAUGACCAUCGGCGACGUCUUCCGCGGCGGCAUCCAGAACCCCCUCUCCAUAUCCGGCCGCAUCGAAGCAGGCAGCCUCCAAGUCGGUGAACAAAUCCUCAUUCUCCCCAGCGGCGAGAAAGCCACCAUCAAAGCCCUCGAUCUCGACGCCGACGACUCCGAAGGAAUCCGCGAAUGGGCCGUCGCAGGCCAAAAUGUCAUCCUGCAUCUCACAGACAUCGACCCAAUCCACCUGCGCUCCGGCGACGUCGUCUGCAGUCCCACGAACCAACCUCUCAAGAACACCACGAAGUUCACGGCUCAGAUCCUCACGUUCGCGCACCUGACGCCGAUGAAUGUCGAUAUUCAUAGGGGGCGGUUACAUGUUCCUGGACGGAUUAGUCAGCUUGUGGGCGUGUUGGACAAGAAGACUGGGGAGAUUAUGAAGAAGAAGCCGAAGAUCGCGAAGCCUGAGGAGGCGGUUAGGGUGACGGUUGAGCUUGAGAGGGGUAUGCCGAUUGAGAGUGGGAAUAGGAUUGUGUUGAGGAGUCAGGGUGAGACGGUAGCUGCUGGGCUUGUUGAGUAA